UACAGGAGAUGACCAGAGAGACUACGGACAUAGUACAGGAGAUGACCAGAGACUGCGGACACAGUACAGGAGAUGACCAGAGACUGCGGACACAGUACAGGAGAUGAUCAGAGACUGCGGACACAGUACAGGAGAUGACCAGAGACUGCGGACAUAGUACAGGAGAUGACCAGAGACUGCAGACAUAGUACAGGAGAUGACCAGAGACUGCGGACAGUACAGGAGAUGACCAGAGACUGCGGACACAGUACAGGAGAUGACCAGAGACUGCGGGCAGGGGAUGACCAGAGACUGCGGACACAGUACAGG